UGCGUCCUCGCCGUCGCCGCCGCUGCUCCUCCUCAGUCACGCUGGUCCAAUCUUGCCGCUGCAGUUCCUCCACCGCAGCAGCUGCUUUCUGUCGACUCUGCUCCUCUCUCGCGGUUUUGCCCCUCAUUCCCGCUGCUUCUGUCUCCGUGGUCACGAUGCAGCAGUAGCAGUUGAGGCGUGAGUGCUGCUGUUGGUUUCCUGUAAAAGUGUUUAUCAAGCCAUAUAUAAAACUCCACUUUGAACCUAAAUGGUAGGACUCUCAGUUGGAGAAAAGUAUUUCAUACAGGGUGGCAUUAAUCAAAAUCUCCGCUCUGAUGGUCGCAAGCGAGAUACCUAUCGGCCCAUUUUUGUUGAAACAGGAGUCAUCCCUCAGGCAAAUGGCUCGGCACGAGUUAGGAUAGGUACAACAGAGGUUAUUGCUAGUGUGAAGGCUGAGCUUGGAAGGCCAAGUGCAUUGCAUCCUGACAAGGGAAAGGUUGCUAUAUUUGUUGAUUGUAGCCCAGUUGCAGAACCAACAUUUGAGGGCAGAGGCGGUGAGGACCUGUCAACAGAACUUUCAGUUGCUCUUCAGCAUUGUCUCUUGGGUGGUAAAAGUGGGGCAGGCGCUGGAAUUGAUCCAUCAUCUCUAGUAGUUGCAGAAGGAAAAGUUUGUUGGGAUCUUUAUAUUGAUGGCCUUAUUGUCAGUUCAGAUGGAAAUCUUUUAGAUGCUCUUGGUGCUGCAAUUAAGGCUGCAUUGAGCAAUACAGGCAUCCCAAGAGUCCAUGUUACAGCUGCUGCAUCAGGUGACGAGCAACCGGAGGUUGACAUAAGUGAUGAAGAAUUUCUUCAAUUUGAUACGUCGGAAGUUCCUGUUAUAGUUACCUUAACAAAGGUAGGGAGACACUACAUUGUAGAUGCUACUUCAGAAGAGGAAUCUCAGAUGAGCUCUGCUAUUUCUUUUUCGAUAAAUCGGAAAGGGCAUAUUUGCGGGUUGACAAAACGAGGAGGCUCAGGCAUCGAUCCAAGUGUGAUUUCUGACAUGAUAUCUGUUGCACAACAUAUAAGUGAGCAGCUGAUAACUAAACUGGAGUCAGAAAUAUCUGCUGCUGAGGCUGGUGAAGAUGAAUUGUGAGAAUUAUGUUUGAUCAUUGUUUGUGUACAAUUAUGUUUAAUGAGCAUUGGGAUAUCACCACAGCAACUCAGGGAGAUGAGUAGAAUUAGAAGAGUAUUAUUGUAACAGCAUUAUCAAAUGUUUGAAAUUAGAAGAUGCUAUUAUCAAAUGUAUGGAAGCAGCAUCAUGAUUAAUUAAAAGAUGCUAUUAACUGUUUGUGGCC